AUGGCUGAUAGUGAAGCUAAGCCCGAUGUCAAUGGUAAGAUCGCAUGCGAUAAACAAAUAUCUAAUUCUGAAGAACCAAACAAUGAAGUAUAUCGAUGCGGUCAAGCUAUAUUACGUGCAAAAACUUCACUGAUAAAACCAUACUCUAAAUACACGGAAGAAGGCUAUCGCCCACGCACACCAAAUGAUCCUUAUACCGUGUUGACUAAUGAACAAGUGUCCAACAUUCAGAAAGAUGCAAGUUCAUUAUUUUUCGGCAAACAGCAUAUAACAACCGCUACGGGCGCAUUUCGUCAGUAUCGCCAACGCCAUGGUGACACGUUUAGUGAACAUUUUGUACGAGGUUCAACACAACAUAACCCCUAUGUCUUCUUGACAGCUGAGCCACAUUCAUCACAAUUAAACAAAGAUUAUAACGGAAGCACAUACGAUACUUAUCCAAAAUGGUAUCCGAAUAAAGCGGAUGAUUCAACGUGGUACAAUUCUACUGUGCCAUUAGACCGUCGACGUAUCCUUGACGAUAUUCAACCCAAAACAAAGAAAGAUUAUGCAGAUUUACAUAAUUCUCAGAGAGAACGAUAUCAAACGGCAAAAAGUACAUGGCCACAUUUAUCCGAAUAUGGAGAUCAAUUCGUCCUAAAAACCAAAGUUCAACAAAUGUCAAAAACAGAAUUACAACGAGCUAAAGAACAUAUUGGUCAAAAUCCUCUUUGGGGCUCGUCGUACCAUAAUAAAUUAUCUGCAGAUGCCGUUAGUUCGGGGAAGACAUUAGUCAAUGAACCACCACUUGUAGUCAAGUGUUAA